GCUGGCUUGUGCGCCGCCCGGCCUCAACCGCGCCGCCAUGGAGCUGCUGGUGCUCCUGCUCUUCCUCGCCCUCCCCGUCCUCCCGGCGCGCGGCGGCGGCGGCUCGUCGUCGGUGCCUCCGCGGCGUUCGCUCCACCUCGAGCUGGCGCGCGUGGACGACGCCGCGGCGGCCGCCAACCUCACGGACCACGAGCUCAUCCGGCGCGCCGUGCAGCGCAGCCUCGACCGGCCGGGGGUCGCGGCGCGCAACCGCAAGGCGGUCGUGGGCGAGGCCCCUCUGGUGCCGCGGGGCGGCGAGUACCUGGUCAAGCUCGGGAUCGGCACGCCGCAGCACUACUUCUCGGCGGCCAUCGACACGGCCAGCGACCUCGUCUGGCUGCAGUGCCAGCCCUGCGUCAGCUGCUACCGCCAGCUCGACCCCAUCUUCAACCCCAGGCUCUCCUCCUCCUACGCCGUCGUGCCAUGCAGCAGCGACACCUGCUCCCAGCUGGACGGCCACAGGUACGUACGUAUACUCGGUACUCGAUCAACGACGCACACACUGCACCAAGACGACGACGAGCUGAUCGACACGCAAAUGCAUGUGUGCAGAUGUGACGAGGACGACGACCAAGCGUGCCGGUACAACUACAAGUACAGCGGGAACGCGGUGACGAACGGCACCCUGGCCAUAGACAAGCUGGCCGUCGGCGGCAACGUGUUCCACGCCGUCGUCCUGGGCUGCAGCGACUCCAGCGUCGGGGGACCUCCGCCGCAGGCCUCGGGGCUGGUCGGCCUCGCCCGCGGCCCGCUCUCGCUGCUGUCCCAGCUCUCGGUCCGUCGGUUCAUGUACUGCCUGCCGCCGCCCAUGUCCAGGACACCGGGGAAGCUCGUGCUCGGCGCCGGCGCCGGCGCCGACGCCGUCCGGAACGUGUCGGACCGGGUCACCGUCACCAUGUCGUCCAGCACGCGCUACCCGUCCUACUACUACCUCAACUUCGACGGGCUGGCCGUGGGCGACCAGACCCCGGGCACGAUCAGGAGGCCGACGUCGCCGCCGGCCACGGGUGGAGGAGUAGGCGGCGGCGGCGGCGAUGGCGGCAGUGGGGCGAACGCGUACGGGAUGAUCGUGGACGUGGCGUCGACGAUCUCGUUCCUGGAGGCGUCGCUGUACGACGAGCUGGCGGACGACCUGGAGGAGGAGAUACGGCUGCCCCGCGCCACGCCGUCGACGCGCCUGGGGCUGGACCUCUGCUUCAUCCUGCCGGAAGGGGUGGGGAUAGACCGGGUGUACGUGCCGACGGUGUCCAUGUCGUUCGACGGACGGUGGCUGGAGCUGGAAAGGGACCGGCUGUUCCUGGAGGACGGCAGGAUGAUGUGCCUGAUGAUCGGCAGGACGAGCGGGGUGUCCAUCCUUGGAAACUACCAGCAGCAGAACAUGCACGUCCUCUACAACCUGCGCCGGGGCAAGAUCACCUUCGCCAAGGCCAGCUGCGACUCCUUGCCAUAG